AAAAAAAAGACAGCGCGGGUGAGAGUUGAAUCUUUACGGCGGGGGUGGGUGGCGGAGGUGACAGUGUAGCAGACGACCAUUCAGUCCAUCUGGCACGAUUCGUUGAUCCAUAAUAGCUGCGCACCGAAUAUCGUGGCAUGAAUCAGCCCAGCUUCUCUUUAUGCCGGGCCCCUCAAUCAUUUCAGUCUUUGUUGUCUGGGGGACAGUCAAACUUUUCCUGUGUUGUCACCCUGCGAACGGUGCAGUUUUAUUUUUUUUUGGCUAGAUCUAGGAAGUGAACGAUUUAAAACUGUUUAUACUCCUGAUCAAGGAGGUAAAUACUAUUUAGAUCAACUAAUUUACGUGAAAACACAUCUCUACACGCUCUGACGAUAUUUUUAGCUCGAGUGACCUACUUUAGCCAGUCAUCAUGGUCUGCUCCGUGAUAAUCAAGCAUAUGGUCCAGAACCAGAUGACCCCAACAUACACAUACCCUCAAGCUGCCAGCCUUGAGGAGUACCACCAGGUUGUCGCCAGCCAGGCAGCCGCCGCUGCAGCCGGGUCUGCAGCCGGUCUAGCUGGUAUACAAGGUGUGGCUGUUUCAGCCAUCACAUCAGAGCCCAGUGGUCAAACCAUAUACACAACAACACCAGUCACAUCCAAUGGCACAGCAGAUCAGCAAGCGUUCCUGAGAGAGGCACAAAAGAGCCUCUGGCUGAGGGACCUCAAAGCAGUGUCCGAGAGUGAACUUCAACCUUCAGAAGGAGAGGUGUCGUCAAUACCACCAACAAGUGGUGCCAUCUCUCCCAACACAGGCCCCAAGAGGUUACAUGUAUCCAACAUACCAUUCAGGUUCAGGGAGGCAGAUCUCAGACAGUUACUUGGGCAAUUUGGUACAAUAUUAGAUGUGGAAAUAAUCUUUAAUGAGAGAGGCUCUAAGGGAUUCGGUUUCGUAACUUUCGCAAAUAGCGGUGAUGCCGACAGAGCACGUGAGAAAUUGAACGGCACUGUGGUUGAGGGACGAAAGAUUGAGGUUAACAAUGCAACUGCACGGGUCAUGACCAAAAAGGUGACCGCUCCCACACUAUCUACCGAUUCCGUGACAGCAGCAGCUUUGAGGGGUGUUGCGUUAACUAGAGGCAGGGCUGCCGCUGCUGUAGCUGCGAGGAGUUUGGGAGGUGUGUACACAGCUGCGGCGGCAGCUGGGCUCCGGCACCCCACUCCCAUUGCCGCUGCACCUACUGCCAUCCCAUACGCCACUGUUUAUCAAGAUCCAUUUUUAGCAUAUGAUGCUGCAGGAAGAGGAUAUCAACUGGUCACAAGUCAACCGUACGCAGCUGCUGCUGCAGCCGGAGCCUACCCAGCAGGAGCUACGAGAUAUGCAUUUCCUGCUGCCGCUGUGGCCACACCAGUGACAUACACAACAGCUGCUGGCAGUGACAUUUUGUAUUGCAGUUACGGCAGGGAAUUCGCUGCUGAACCCUACAUCGGACACAGUAUUGGCCCAGUUGCUGGUUAUGGGGCAACAGUCUAUCGAGGAGGUUAUCAACGGUUCGCACCCUACUAGCAUUAUGUAUUUUUAACUGAUUACACUGUUGAAAACAAGCAUUAUAUAAGGGAGGAAAUUCAAUGAAAAGGACUUGAAGUAGCCUCUGUUUCAAACUCUCCAUGGCAGGGCUGGACCACUCCCCAAGCUUCAGCCUAGAAUUUUACAUCAGACACUCAAGGAACAGGACUUCCAAUUCAACUUCUUCAUUUUAUUUAGUAUUAUUAACUUUUUAAAAACA